AUGAAGAUUGAUUUAUUUAUCCAUUUUUUAAUUGCAUUAUUCAUCACUUCAAUCAGUUUUGUUAAAGCUGAUGAUGAUACGGAAACUGAAACUGAAACUAGUGCCACUCCUACUUUAGUUUGGGUCACAGGUACAAAUUCAUUGGGGGUAACUGUUACUACUCAAUCUCCAUAUAUUCAAGAAUUUUAUACUCUUUAUUCAGCAGUACCAGCAGUAUUAUCAGGUGCUAUUGGUAUGGGAAGUAUAUCUAAUGAUGGUAGUUUAGGUGAUAUUAGAACUUAUCCACAAGUUACAAUUGCCAAUUCAGGUAGAUCCAUUAUUAAUUCUGGGAUUAGUUCUACAAAUGGAGUCAGUCUUCAAUAUAUUUUUGCAUUAGUUGGUUUAUUCAUUAUUCCAUUUAUCUCUACGGUUGUUUUCUUGUGA